GUCAAAAGCAAAUAAAUAAAUAUUAAAUUAAAUACUAAAAUAAGAAAGCAACAUAAAAAAAUUCAGUAUGAAAUUCUAUACGCUUAUUUUAUUAACCGCCACUGUCUUGGCAGUGGAAUCGCGUAGUGCUGGUCAACUGAAUCUACAAGCAACAGCUGGUAUAGAAGGACGCAUAAUUGGUGGCAAUGAUGCGCCACUUGGCUAUGCACCAUAUCAAGUUUCUUUGAGGAAUACUUUCGGUGAACACGUAUGUGGUGGUUCGAUUAUAGAUUCAUAUUGGAUUUUGACUGCUGCACAUUGUAUGGAUUGGCCUAUACAAUAUUUACGUGUAAUUACUGGUACAAUCAAUUGGAGCAAAGGUGGUGCUGAAUAUACUAUAGCCGAGGCAAAAAUACAUUGUUUAUAUACAACAUAUCACAAUGACAUUGCACUACUACGUCUGGAUAACCCCAUAGUAUUUAAUGAUGUGACACAACCUAUCAAACUAGCUACCAGCAAUACAUUGAAAGAGAACGAUAAAUUGGUAUUAACUGGUUGGGGUGCUACUAAGGUGUGGGGACGUUCAGCUGAUGUUUUACAAAAAGUCGAUUUGAAGUAUGUGCCAUAUGCUACUUGUAGACCACAAGUAAAGAACUCCGCUUGGAUUGAUGAAGGUCACAUAUGCUCGUCAACUAAAGAUAGUACAGGUGCCUGUAAUAAUGAUUCCGGUGGUCCUUUGGUGGAUGAAAAUCAAGUACAAGUUGGUAUUGUUAACUGGGGUGAAGCUUGUGCUGUCGGUUAUCCUGAUGUUUAUGCCAGUGUUUCUUAUUACCAUGACUGGAUAGUUAACACUAUGAGUGGUAAGAACACUUGCUAAAACGUGAGGAAGUAUAAAUAAGAAAACAUAUAUUGGUGAUAUCUAAGCCAAACGCGAACAAAUAAUUUUAGAAAUAUAUUAGAAUUAAACAUUAUUUUUUUUUUUGGUAUAUUAUAUA